AUGCAGCCAGCACGAAACCAGGCCCGAGCACCGGGCAGCUUCGCGCCCCUGCCGCCCAUCAGCAGCAGCAGCACCAGCAGCAGCAAUCAUGCCUCCAACAUAGACCUCCCGUCGUCAUCGCGACCGCGCCCGCACCGAGUAGCAUCAGCCUCGAGCGACGAAUCCUUUGCCCCGCCGGCCCUGAACCUCUCCAAGGCGCGCAGCUCGCCCCAGCCGCCCUACGGCUUCACGCAGCAGGCCAAUUCCAGCACCCCCAGCCUGCAGAACUUCUCGCGCCCGACCCUCCUCCCGUCCAACUCCAACACAGCCGCCGCCGCCGCCGCCGCAGCCAGGGCCGGGGCCGGGGGCAGCAGCAGCGGGUCGAGGUCCGGGUCGCCACUCACACUGCCCGAGGGCCGCAUCAGGGCGCACUCUAGGAAACACUCCCAGACGGCCGGGCUGUUCGACUCGACGCUGCCCUCGACGAGCGUCAGCAACCUGUCGCAGAUCGGCAUGGCCGCGCAAGGAGGGCCCUCGGUGCACCAGCACCGCGAGCUGAGCGCGAGCCAGAUCGCCGCGCAGGCCGCCGUCAUGCACCACCAGAACCAGCAGCAACAUCAGCAACCACACCUCCAGCAUCAGCAGCAGCAUCAGCAGCAGCAACACGCUCGCCAGCGGUCACAGACGGUCCCGGUUCCUGGAGAGCCGUACGACAACCUACCGCCGACGAACAAGAGGGGAAGCGGAGGGCCGCUAAGCCCGCCGAUGCUGAGCCUGACGGAGGCGAGCGCGCCGAGGGAUCAUGGGUUCGGAAAUCCGGGAUAUCACAAUGGGUUGUUGGGGAACCAGAAGACGGCAGCGCAGGCGGCUGCCAGCGUCGCGUUCCCUAGGUCGGGACAGUCGUCCCCUGGCUUACCGUCGCAAAUACAGAUACCCACACCGCCGCCGCCCCCUCCGCCGUUACCAGAGAGGAAGCCCGAGAAGUCAAAGGUGAAGCUGUUCUCGAGGCCGGGCAAGAUCGGCACAAAGGGCGAGCCCAAGGAGAAGCCCUUGCCGAGUCCCAGCAAGAUCGGGUCUGCUCUGGCUUCUCUCCAGCGCGGCAACUUUAGCACCACGAGCUUGGACUCGUCCUCGCAGUCAUUCUAUAGCCUGGGCAAUUCAUCGUCGGCCACCAUCAGAGCAGUCGACACGCCGCCCGCCGAAGGCAAAGAGAAGGAGAAGAAGCACCACUUUCUGUCGAGGCAGAAGCACAAGCUCAAGGACAAGGACGAGUUCCACCUCCCGCUGUCGUCUGCCUCGAGCAAUUCACGGCCUACGGAUCCCAAUGCGCCGAGCAGCUUAUACAACUUCAACCUACCGCCGAGCCCAGGUCCGAGUACGACGUUCAAGAGCGUGAGUGGCCUGGACUUGCGGCACGGUGGACGGGCACUGCGGGAGCAAAAGGAGAAGGCCAAGGCUGCGGAGUCCACAACGACUUUGCAGUCCGACUUUGGCCCCAGCAGCUUGACCUCCAGCUCCGGACCGUCCACGGUAUUCUUGAGUGACUCUCUCGACUCUAGCAAGACGGGGCUCAGUAACAUGAGUAUGGACGAUGCCUGGCCUUUCCUCAAGGCCAAGCUGCUCGUAGUCUUCCAAGGCGAGGACUUGCGGCUCCCAGUGGAGGACUUCAACAGGGUUGUCAUGGUACACAUACAGUAUUGCAUCCAGCGCCGGUCACCAAACAUCAUUAUCGACGAUCUUCGCGAGCUGCUCAGCACCGGGUUCUCCUCCCUUGACCUGGCACUUCGCAAGACACCGGAAGACAAGCUCAUCCCGGGCCUUGUCGAGUUGUGGGUAUUUACUUUUACGAGCAUCCUGCCCUACAUGCAGGCCGUCUUCCUGCCUCUGGACCUCGAGUUCCAGGGUGCGGGCCCGCUGCUCCCGGGCGACAAGGCCCGUGAUUUCUGGGGAGGCGUCAUCGCGCCCUCUGUGGCGGACCCCGCUAGACCGUUCGCCAAUAUUGCCCCCGUGGCAGCCAUCCUCGACGUCCGGCGUCUCGUCCUGACGGCCUACAGGGACACGGUCAUCAUGCCGCGCUACGAGAAGCUCAAGACCAUGUUCUCCCGCCUCUCCCUCGAGUUCCUGCCCGGGUCCGGGUACUUCUCCGCCGGCGCUCCCGGCGGCAGCGGUGUGGGCAGCGCAGCAGCAGGAGGAGCGCCCCUCGCGGCGUCUCCCAUCCCGAUACAGUCGCAGCAGGACCUGUUCUCGGCGGCCGCUGCCGCGCACCAGUUCGGCACGAGCCCGUCGGGCGACUCGACGGGCUCGUACCCGCUCCGGCCGGGCACGGCCAUGAGCCUGGACCCGAGCGUCGCGAGCUACAACUCGACGAGCACGACGCUGCUGGGCGACGGCGGGUCGGCGGGCGGGGGCGGGGGCGGCAGCCGGGCCAUCAGCAACGUGUCCUUUGGCAGCAGCGGGGCCAGCGACCCGCGGCCGUUCACGCCGGGCGGCGGCGUGGGGCUGCCGCAGCAGCAGCAGGGCUCCUUCGCGGGGACGACGGGGACGACGCUGCGGGAGCUGCAGAACGUGGACGACGGGAAAGCCGUCACGGACAUGGUGGGCCGGAUGCUGCAGUGCAUGAGCGUGCUGGCGAGCGUCGGGGUCGCGGGCAGCGGGGGCGGCGACGAGGGCACGCGGGCGGUCGAGGAGCUGAGCCGGCUGCUCAAGCUGAACUGGCUCGGGAGGGGCAGGACGGGGCGGAACAGGAGGGGCAUCGUGGGCGGGAGGGUGCGGCGGGUCGGGGCGGAGCAGCCGCCCGUCAGGGAGGAGGUGAGCGUUGUUUAG